UAGAUUGGUAAUACUUACGGACCGAUAUUUCGCAGGGUUCUUAAAAAUAAUUACAAAAAUAAUAAAUUAUUAUAACAAUAAAUAUAAGUAAGCCGGUUAAACAAGUAAACUUCGCGUAAUCAGAUGAUAUGACGACCUGAAUUUUUUGGUUAGGUUGAGUAUACGUGUACCAACUAUUGGUUAGGAUUCUCUAAAGACUUUAAAAGCCGACAUCGAAAAAUCGCGCUAUUUGAGCUGUGGAUAUUGUUAAAAACAAAUCUAAUUCUGGGUUAGAGCUUGGCUCUAAUUCUAGGUAAACCCAGUGUAAUGGCCCUUCAAUAUGUGAUGAAUAGAAUCAAGGCACUGUUCCUCAUUAUCUUUGGAGUCUUUAGGCGAGCAAUGUGCUGUUUUCGAAAACGUAGGAGAUCUUCCUGUGAAUCCAUACCGCUUUCUGCCAUCGGGGUCGUACCCAACAACGUCAAUAAUCACACGGAAUUAGAACAGUGGACGCAAUGGGAAGAUAAUCCCAUUGUUGUUGUACCAGACAAACCAGAAAACAUCAUUCAAGCAAAGAUUGAACAGUAUAGACAACAAGUGGCCAAACCACCAGACCCACCCAAUGAUGAAGUACAACCUGAUUUCUUUGAGGAUAUGACACCAAAAAUAACAAAACAAACGAAAAUUCUCAUCAAGAAUAAGCCACAGGAGGAAAAAAACUGGAAUACGUCCAAAUUUGCAGUCAUAGCCGACCCUGUACCCACCAACGAACUUGGCGAAUGGGAGGAUAAUACUGCUGGUUGGGAAAAAGAGACAGUAAAAGAAUUGGGAGACCCGACUGAAGCAUUAAGAGAACAGAAGCGAAAGGAGAGACAACAACGAAUGCUUGAACAGCAACAGAGAAGGAUGGAUCGUACCGCAAGACCUCAGCCAUUGGGUGCAAAAAUAGCUUCUUGAUCGACGAUCUAUGAUUCACAUAAUUACAUAAGAAAUGUGACAACCCUUACAGAUUCACAGAAUCUAAGUGAAUGUAGGAAACAUAAAGAUAGCUAAAA